AUGAGUCAGUUGAAAUUUGUCAGAUCAAAAAGUACCAACAGAUCUAAUCCUUUAGGGAAAAUACAAUAAAAAUUAAAGUAAGUUUAGAAACCAGGAAAACUUCAUGUUAGUGUUGGAAGAAGCAGGCAGUCUUCAUAAACAAGAGAGGAUUUACUCAUUUCCAAUCCAAAGCUUAAGACGGAUUAAUAAGUGUCACAACAUCAUCAUAUUAAUCGAAAUGGAGUUUCCCUUUAAGCAUCUGAUGCAUGGUAAUUGAAGCCACCAUUAUCUCAUGAUGCUGGGUAAAUCAACAAUUCUAGAAAGUUUUCAAAUUCUUCUCAAUACAAUGGAAAUUUGGGUAAUAUAUACAGUAAACAACACUAUUAUACUCAAACAACUUGUUGCACUCCAAAACUAAGUGAAAGUGAGAAUAUCUUUAAAUUUGAUACAUUGUAAAUCAAAACAAACAAAUUAAAUUCAACUGACCAAAAAACAAUGAUAGUCUCAGACACAAAUCCUAAUUCAACAUUUAAUUUCAAUUAAUUUGCACCAAAAUAAAGUAGAAUAAUUAAUUAAGACUGCAACUUAGAAGAAGAAUUGUUUAGAGUGUAGAGCUCAGUUGAUAUAAACACUAAAAUUAAGUAAAAUUAAGUAUCAAAUCAUGAAUAAAUUAAAUUAAACAUUGAAAAAAUUGAUUAGAUCAUCUUAGAUAGAUAUCCUGCAUUUACAAAAAAGAAUUUAGUUAAUACAAAACCUAUUAUAGAAUAAAAUGAAAAUGAGGACCUACAAGCUAUGAAAUUCAGUACAAAAUCAUCCUAAAGAUAAAUCCCAAAAUCUUUUAGUGAAAUAUUGACUGAAAGAUCCAUUGUUCUAAAUUUGCCGAAAGAGUAUAAGGAAACUGAUAUUUAGACUAGUUUUUCAUAGUAUCAAGAAUCUGAACCUAAAUAAUAAGGGCAUGCAAGGCAGGUAGAAUGCAAAUCCACUACAAAUGCAUCUGUAUAGACGAAGACUAAGAACAGGAAUUUAGGAUUAUUCUAAUAUCAAUUAUCAUUCUUUUCACCAAAAGUAAAUAGAAAUUUCGUAGAAUCUGAUUUGAUAUCUUUGGAUGAUUAUCAACAAUAAAUUAUAUAUGGGAAUUAAUAAGAAAACAAAACUAUAAAUUAAUAACUAAGAGAUAUUGAUUUAAAUUAAUAUUUAAGAUCGUAAAUUUUGAGCUAAAAAAACAAUAAUUUGACAAUGAAUUUGGAUUCUAUAGAAGAUCCUCAGCAUUUUAAUUUAUAAGCUGAACCUAAAGAAAUUAACACUAAUCUAGUUGAUAACAAAUUCAAUAACAAUAGGAGUGUUUCCUUAGGGUAGAAUAGUUGCUCAAGUAUUUCAAAGAGUAAAAUUGAAAAAGAGGGUUUAUUUUAAAGUUCAAAAUGUUAUAAGGAUCAUUUAAGUCUAUUAACAAAUCAAACUUCUUAGGAGAAGAAGCAAAGAUAUCCACUUAGAAACUCAAAUUAAAGUUAUAAAAAACAAUAAAGGCCUAAAUAAACAAAAAAGAAAUGA